AUGGUUGAUAGUGAUUGUAGUAGCACUAUUAUUAAAGAUAAACUAUUAAUUGUCACAUUAUUGACAAUAUUCGGUGGUAUCUUAGCCGAUUAUAAGUGUCCACCUAACCCUGAUAUAUUUCUACCAUGUGAAUGCAUUGUUGACCCUGAUAUACUGCCCCUCUACAGAAGCAUUUAUUGUAAGGGUGACCAACUUAUCAAUCUGACGGCACUUUUCCAGAGACUGAGCCACGAAUUAAAAGUCGAUGAAAAAGAUUACCUCUAUUUCACGCUAUCUAACAAAGCGGUGGACGUAUUACCGGCUAAUGUUUUCGCAGACAUCACAUUUCAACAUGUUCAGUUAGAAGGUAAAAAUUUGACCAAGGUACAUCGCUUAGCACUCAAUGGAACACAGAAUACGUUGAAAAGUCUAAGAACUCAUUCUCCGCUUAUUGAUGGGGACGAGGAUUGGGACCUAUUUAAAGCGAUUAACCUUGCGCCUAAUUUAAAUUUUGUUGAAAUCUUGUUUGAUAAUUUGACCAAGAUACCCGACAAUGCCCUACAAUCGCACCCAAAUCUCCAAAGGAUUGAUAUUGCUUGGAGUUGGUCCCUCACGAGUAUCGGUAGGAAUGCCUUCAAAAACCUGACAAAAGUAGAGUCCAUUAGUAUCGAGGGUUGGGUCAAAGAUAUAGGCGAUGAGGCCUUUGCUGUCAGUCACGUGUCCACUGAUAAGCGCUUAUGGUUGUCCUUAUUAGGCAAUCAUCUCAACAAUCAUAACCUCCGUAAAGAGGUGUUCAGUGGUAUCAACCGUCCCGUCGACCUCUAUAUCAUUGAAAAUCGCCUGAAGUUCAUCUCUGAGUCGACUUACGAGGCAUUCCUACAGCAGAAUCCCAACCAUACUAUCAUUUCGGACACCGAUUGUAUGGACAGUCGUAACGAUUGGUUGCGUAACAAGUAUCCCAACCAAUGGGAGGACCUGCAUUGUUGA